UCCGUUCCCAGCUUGCUGGAGGUGUCCCUGAGCGCGGAGCUGCGCACGCUGAACCUGCACUGCAACCGCAUCGCCAGGAUCGAAGGGCUCGGCCACCUCCGGAACCUGCAGCACCUAGAUCUGUCAUCAAACCAGAUCCGCCGGAUCGAGGGGCUGAGUUCCCUGGGCAACCUGCGCACCCUGAGUCUGUCCUGCAACCUGAUAACAAAAGUGGAGGGACUGGAAAAACUCUUUAAUUUAACCAUACUGAAUUUGUCAUAUAAUCGCAUACAUGAUCUCUCUGGCUUUCAGUGCCUGCACGGGCCCGAUCACAAGAUCAGCCAUGUCGACCUUCAUGGCAACUGUGUGAACAGCAUUGACCACUUGCUUCAGUGCACGAAGGGGCUGCGCUGCCUGAGGAGUCUGACCCUGGAAAAGCAUGGAAAAGCCAAUCCAGUGUGUCACACGGCAGGUUAUAGAGAAACUGUUCUUCAGGCAUUGCCCCAGCUAACAGCUCUAGAUGGAAGAAGUACUUCUGGUGAACCACUGGACCCAGUAGAAGAAAACCUUCCAGAUUUGUAUUGUCUAGAAGAUAUGUUGGGCUCUUUGCCUUCAUCUGGGUGCCCCUCAUCCAGAGAUCAGGAUGGUGUCCCCGUGCCGGUGGUGACCCCGCGCAUCGACCAGGCGCUGGCUCGCUUCCGCCAGCGGGCGGGCACCACAGCACAGAGCUCCUCUGCAGAGCUGGCCUCCUCCUCAGAACCAGAGAAGGCAGAACUUGAUAAAAUACACAGCCAGAUGAGGAUCAAAAGAAUUGAAGAUCAGGUUUCACAGAUACUGCAAAAGGUAUCUGAUGCCUCAAGAAGGGAAGCUCCUCCAAAUGUUCUCAAAGCUAAAAGAGACAUAGACCCAACUUCUGAGAGUGAAAAUGAGAGUGGAAAAGAGAACAACAGAAAGGUUCUGAAAAGAAGCAAGAUCCCUACUUACCGUAGAACUACCUUGUGUAACAGAUGCCACAUGAAUCAUCUUAAUAACAAAAUAACUGACAGGGAAGAGAAGAAGAGUUGCUCAAAGUAUCCACUGUCCAGUCAGAGAGACUGGCAUAUCAGUUCAUUGCCAGAUACACGAGUCUUGGAAGUAGUGGGAAGAAAAGCUGAAAUAUUAACUGUAAGACAGAGCAAUACAGACAAAGUAGAAGAAAUUAAUUCAAAUGCCACAGAGGAAUCGACAUACCGAGUGCUGAUUCAAGAACUGGAUCAGGAGAGAGAAAGGAGGUGGAAAGCAGAGCAAGCAGAGAAGAAAUUACUAGAGCAUGUUAGAGAGCUACAGCAACAUGCAAAAGAAGAAAGGAAUAUUCAGAGUAUGAGUGUGUACACUACAGACAGGUUAAAGGAAUUGAUGUUGAAGGAGAGCAAUGUUAAAGCAAGACUGCAAGCAGAUGUCCAACAGUUGAAAAGUGAAACUGAAAGACUUACUAAUGAGUUAAAUCAGGCAAGAAAUAAAGCAGCAGCACAUCAGGAAGCCAUGCAAGCCUUAGAAGAAACUCUAUCCAAGAUGGAGACGCAGAGGCUGCAGCAACGGACAAUAGAG